AUGAAAACAGUUAUUCUUUGGGCUCGCCAACUAUUGCAGGCUCUCCAUUACAUUUUUGAUGUUCACAAGUUUGUGCAUCGAGAUAUAAAACCGGCAAACAUUUUUAUCACCAGUGAAUUCGCAUUGAAAAUCGGAGAUUUCGGACUUGCCAAGCGCAUUCAAGAGACAUGCUCGGGAUCACGUUGGGGCGGAACACUUCGCUAUUGGAGUCCUUUGCAGUGUGUUCAAGGCGUGGAUAUUUAUGAAAUAAAGAAUGAAAGUCUUCAGGCAAGGUUUUGG